AGAUAUCAAAACAAGCACCGAAGCGUGACGUACAUGAAGUAGCCAACAGCGGAUAGUGUCAUAUCAUUUUCAAACUGACUGUAUGACAACAAUUCCUCUCUCCUGUCUGUGUUCCAUGUUAAAAUUGUGUUAUGUUUGGGUUGAUAGCUCGCUCAGAGACAGUUAUCUAGCCGGCAGGCUAGCGGCUAACUGCGGCGUAGAUUCUGAUAUGAUGCGUGCAGGGCGUGUUUACCAGCUAGGUUAGCAAGCUAGCUAGUUAAUUUCGUUGGUAGUGUACGGGUGUAUAUAUCUGGCUGAAGCCGGUCUAAACCGGCUUUAGAGGUACAUACACGCAGUCAAACGCUUCAGCGACGUAGAUAUAGGGAGGGCUAUGAGAUUGUGCGGGUUCAGCCUCAGAUCUGUGCCAACGGUCAGACCUAUCUCACUAUGGAUUUCAGCCGGAUGAAAUUUUAGCCUACGUCAGCGGUUGCCACUUUGCCUCUGAUCUCUCUUCGCGACGAAGUAACCAUUGCCUGUUUGGUCGCAUUGUGGGCAAUGUUUGUGAGGGGGACCGUUUGCUAGCUCUCUCACCAAAUAGCGUGGUUGAACUCCUAUAGCCAAGAUCGGCUAUGACCGCGUUAGCUAGCUAGCUUUGUUUUUAAUAAGUAGUUGUGAUUUUAAUUACACAAUGUCUCAGUAAUAAUGUGCUGCUGCUGGUUAGCUAGCUAAAGUCACUUCAGAAUUGUUAUCCCAGUCUAUCCAUGGACCUAGUAAGGUCAGUGGUCAGCUAGUAUUGCUUAAUUUUGCCAAGGAAAGGUCACGUUUUCCCGUCUCUUGGAUUUUCCCAUGGAAAUCAAUUGUGAAGGUGACGCCACCAACUUGUCGCUUGAAGAGCCAGCCAUGGAGUCAACAUACGUGACUUUGACUGUAAGAGGAACCACAUCUCCCGGCGAAGUUAUAGCAGUUGUGGGCAGCUGCGAGUCUUUGGGAAACUGGUGUUACCAGAGAGCUGUGACUUUACAGCCUACGGAGGCGGAUGGCACGCUCUGGAAAAAGACCAUCACUGUCCCACGAGGAGCUGUAACCAGAUACCGCUACUUUAAAGGAUCCUUUCUCGAAAAUAAGAGUGCAGGUGGCCCAUGUCAAGUCAUAGUCACUAGGUGGGAGACCCAUCUGCAUCCUCGAGCAUUGAACCCCUCAGCUGUCAACCUUGAGUUCGACGAUGGACAGUUUGGAUUCCAUAACGGCGCUGAGAAUGUUGACUCCGGCUGGCUCACCUGCCAGACUGAAAUUCGUCUCCGAUUGCACUACUCCAUCAAACCACCGGUGUCCUUUACCAAGAAGAAGUUCAAGAAGUCACGCUUCAGAUUCAAACUGACAAUAGAGGGUGUGGAGGAAGAGGAUGAUGACGAGGAAGAGCUGCCGAUUCCGUCGCCGAGCCCUUGGAAAAAUAUGACUCCGACUCUGGAGAUAAGCAUGAUCACGGCAGGCGGGUACAAGUCCCGCCACUCCCAGCCCGAGGACGGCUACGCCCUAGAGCCCAUGCAGUGGACCGAGUACAGCAUCCAGACCAUGGACCCCGACAACCUGGAGCUCACCUUCCAGUUCUUCGAGGAGGACCUGAGUGUGAAGGUGGUGCAGGGGGACAUCCACCCGGGCCACGUGGGCACGGCCUGCCUCCUCUCCUCCUCCUUCGUGGAGAGCGGCAAAGACGCGGGCAUGGCCACCCUGCCCAUCAUGAGCCGAAGCGCCGGCCAGACAAUGGGCAAGGUCCGAGUGGACUACCUGGUGAUCCGGCCCAUCCAGGAUCUGCAGUGUGACAUGCAGGCGUCCUUCACCAGGUACUGGAAGAAGAGGAGCACCCUGGAUGUUGGCCACAGAGGAGCUGGCAGCUCGCACGCUGCCAAACACCACAAAGUUAGGGAGAACACCAUCGCCUCAUUCCUGAGUGCUGCCAAUCACGGGGCUGCCUACGUGGAGUUUGACGUCCACCUGUCGAAGGAUUUCGUCCCCAUCGUUUACCAUGACCUGACUUGCUGCAUCUCCACCAAAAAGAAAAAUGACAAGAACAAUUUGAUGCUGUUUGAGGUGCCUGUGAAAGACCUAACAUAUGACCAGCUGCAGCUCCUAAAGCUGGCCCAUUCAACUGCCAUGAGUGUCCAUGACAACAAAGAUAUGGAUGAAGAGGAGGACAUCGAUGACCAUCAGCCGUUCCCUUCACUCUUACAGAUCUUCCAAGCCGUUCCGGAACACGUGAGCUUCAACAUUGAGCUGAAGUGGAUCUGCCAUAUGAAGGAUGGGACGUGGGAGGGGAACCUGUCAUCUUACUUCGACAUGAACAUCUUCCUGGACAUCAUCCUCACCUGUGUGUUCAAGAAUGCCGGCAAGAGAAGGAUCCUUUUCUCCUCCUUCCACCCUGACAUAUGCAGCAUGGUGCGUCAAAAGCAGAACAAGUACCCAAUCCUGUUCCUGACUCAGGGGGUGUCGGACGUGUACCCCGAACUCAUGGACAUCCGCUGCCAAACCACUCAGAUCGCGAUGAGCUUUGCACAGAGUGAGAAUUUACUGGGUAUCAGUGCCCACUCAGAGGAGAUGUUGAAGAAUAUGGAGUUUAUAUCUCAGGCUCAGUCUAAGGGGCUGGUGAUGUUCUGCUGGGGUGAUGACAACAACAACCACAAUAACCGAAACACGCUGAGAGAGCAAGGCAUUGACGGACUCAUCUAUGACCGAAUCUGCGAGGAGCAGAUGGAGCAGCCCAAUAUCUUCCAGGUAGAGGAGCAGGUGUCCCUGCAGGAGGUCAUCUCCAAGGAGACGAUGCAGAACUGCGCCUGUUCCACCUACAGCCUGGCGUGUGACACCGUGACCUGCCCGGCCCGCACCGUCAGUGGAGAGUCCGACUCCGGAAUCAGCUCCUCCUGAGGAGGGCCAGACUUAACCACCGGUGCCAUCGCUACAGCAACCUCACCGAACCACUUCAGACUUACAAACAAACAAACACACACACACACACACACACACACACACACUCUCUCAUGGACCGUCCAUUGAAACUCACACACGCCAUUAAACAGAACAUGCACAAAGACACACUCUCUCUCUCACACACACACACAAAGCCUCAAAGACACUCUCUAACACACACACACACACACACACACACAAAGUUUCUCAAAGACCGUCCACAGCCACACACACACACACACACACACACACACACACACACACAACCUCACAGACUGUCCAAAGUCACACACAGGCACAAUCUCACUGCCCGUCCACAUAGACUAACCCCCCUACAUGAUACUUAUGAACCGUCAGCCAAUUAGUCCACCUCAGCCCCAUUUAUUAAAACCUCACUCUGGUCCACAUUAGCUCAAGUAAGUCGCCACCCCUCCAUGGCCCUCUUUGGCCCGGUUCAGUUCAGUUCAGUCCAGUCUUACCUACCAAAUGCUGUUUCACCUCAGUACAGACACUCCUUCUCUGCUGUUUAUUAUGACAAGAAAACGGCUUUGCCAAAACAGGGUUUUGUCUGACUAUUGUUUUACUAUUACUUCUAUUAUUAUUACUUCUAUUAUUAUUAAUUCAGGUAUUCAUAUUGUACGACUUACUAUAAUUUUAUUUAUUUAAAAAAAAAAAAAAAAAUAGUGAAAUUAAGAAUAGGCUCGAAUCAGUUCUGACUUGUUUUCUGCCAUAUUUAGCCAAAUUUGCUGUAAGAUGGGUGCUUAGAUCAUAUAGAUAAACCUUUUUUUUUUUUCUUUUUUUUUUUUUUAAAUGUAAGACCUUUUUCGUUUGAUUCCAUUCCAGCUCCACUUGUGUUAAUCGACCACGUUUUGGCACCACCCCUGCUUCGGCGUGGCACAAUAGCGAUGAAUUUUGCAUGCUAAAGUCUGCUCAGCAGGAAUGAGAAACGCACUGCAGUUUUAAUCUAGGCUCAUUUUGGUCCACCAGUCUUGGUGGCCUACCAGUACUGCAUCGGAAAAGCUGAAUGUGAAAUAGAACCUCCAAAAUGGGGAGAAUGGAAACUGGAUCUACAUAUAAUCUAAAGAUACUGGAUUCUUGAUAACCAUGUGUUUGUUGCAAUAACAAAAUGUCAGGUUUUUACAUAGUCUUUGCACAAUAGAAAUCCCAAAUCUCCCUUAAAUCGCUUGCUCUGCAGUCUUAAGUCCUUGCAUCCUACCCACUCUUCCAUGAAAGAUGUAAAAAUCAUGAUUUACUUAAAAAGAACAUAAUAAUACUGGACACAUGUUGGAGCACAGGUUUGGGUAUAUAUGUAGGUGUGUGUGUUCAUAUGGUGAAUGAUUGCUGCUGUGCUUUGCCCUGACAAUGUACUGUAUGUGUGUAUGUAAAUGCUUGCAGAUGAUGAUGAUGGUGUGUGUUUGCGAAGUGAUAAAACAGACUAGCCUCUCAUAUGUUUGAACUUCUGAGCCUGACCAUACAGCAGAGUUAUGAAUUGAGACAUUGCGGCAAUCCCACAUGAACCUUUUUAACCGCAGUCACUACAUCUCGCAGCCUCUGCCACUCAAAGAUCAAAUAAAAUGAUUCAAUGGA